AUGUCCAGCAGCCUGUCACCCACCGACCUGCGACACAUCACAUCCAGCUCAAAUCUCGCCAGCCCGCGCGAGCGCAAGGUCUCGAACCGGAAUUCGCAACAUCUCCGCACACACCGCGUCGGCUCCCGCUCGCCUGCGUCCAUUCCCUCGUCGCCAACCUCCGUACACUCCUCAUCCUCCGCCAUCUUUGAGCGCGACAUCGAGCCAAUCACACCCGCCGCCCUCUCGCCCACCGCCGACCCGCACCGCGUCUCGCGCGGCAGGUACACCGAGCAGCUCGAGCAGUCUGUGCCGUCGGUCCUCGACAGCGCUGCGGCCAUCCUCGCUGCGCCCGAUUCCCAGUACGACGACUUUGAUGCCGUCUCCAUCAUCACCCCCGCCCCGCCCGACAGCGGCUACCGCAGUGGGCUCGCCAGUCCAAGCAGCCGCCUGAGCAGCCGUAGUCCGAGCCCGACGGGCAUCAGUCCUGGCAGGCGCACCAGCUUGCUGUUCAGCACGAGCCCGACGUACACCACCAGUCCGCUUCAGCAGGGCAGCCUGUCGUCGCGCCCGAUUAUCCAGACGCAGGCGCAGAGCUCCGCCCCGAUCGCGCCUCUGCCAACCGUGCCCGCAACCCCGACGUCUGCAUACUACUCUGCCGCCGCGUCUGUCAUGCCCUCAGAGGCAAAUUCAGAGGCAUCGUCGCCGACGACCGCGACGCACCACGCGCACCCUCUGCACUCGCUUCCUACCUCUCCUGCACCGACCUCACCCGCCGCACCCCAGCCAACGACCAUCACCAUCCCUGCCCCGCUCGUCUCGCACCCGCCGUCGCCCAAGGCGGCAGCCAAGCGCCUGUCUUUCCUCUCCUACAUGGAUCUCCUCUCCUCUACACCCUCCGCCACUGUCCCGCUGUCCUCCGUCCUCACGAACGAGCCUCCGCACCUGCCCAGCGUCAUCGGCCUCCCGCAGGCGCUGUACGCCGCGAGCUCCAGUGCGGGCAGCGUGCACGCUGCUAGCGUCAUGGAGCGAGACACCGCGAGCCAGAUCGUGGACGACGUCGGCGGGGAGUGGGAGCGCGAGGGGCUGGGGAGGGGGCUCGAGGAGCGGCUCGAGGCGCUGAACGCGAGUACGCCGCCGGUCAUGCCCGUGGUAUCGGGGCGGGCGUGA